GCCGGACUUGGAUGUUGGACACACCUCUCCCCAGCAGACGAAGAAGGAAAAAGGAGCACAGAUAAAAAGAGAUGAAGUGUUACCCUCAAGUGUGUGUUACAGGAGGUUCUGGAUAUGUUGGUUCAUGGCUUGUUAAGAAGCUGCUAGAGAGAGGCUACACUGUCCAUGCGACUUUGAGAAACUUGGAAGACACAUCCAAGGUAGACUUUCUCAAGUCCCUUCCUAAUGCAGACACCAACUUGGUUCUUUUUCAAGCUGAUAUUUACAAUAACAAUGACUUUGAGCAAGCGAUUCGUGGUUGUGAAUUUGUUUUUCAUAUUGCUACUCCUAUGCAGCAUGAUCCUGAAUCCUCUCAGUACAAAGACAGCGUUGAAGCAACAGUGGCCGGAGCGAAGAGCAUAGCUGAUUCUUGCAUCAGGUCAAAAACCGUGAAGCGUCUAAUCUACACUGCAACCGUUCUGGCAGCUUCUCCAUUGAAUGAAGAUGGGAAUGGCUUUAAAUCUUGUAUGGAUGAGUCCUGUUGGACCCGUCUUAAUCUGUCAUUUUCUUUUGGGAAUGACAGAGUAAUGGAAUAUACAAAAGGAAAGACACUAGCAGAGAAAGAGGUUCUGAUGUAUAACCAGAAAGAGGAUGGCGGCAAACUGGAAGUGGUAACUCUUGCUUGUGGGCUAGUAGGCGGAGAAACUAUUUUAUCUCAUGUGCCUUUAAGUGUACAAGUGAUCAAUUCACAAAUUACAGGCCAUUUAUUCGGUUACUAUCAUGGGUUAAGCUUUUUGCAAGAAGUUUUGGGUUCAAUUCCUAUUGUUCAUGUUGAUGAUGUUUGUGAAGCGCAUAUCUUUUGCAUGGAAAAUCCAUCAAUGAAAGGUAGAUUCCUUUGCUCGGUCGCCAAUCCAACUAGCAGAGAUAUUGCGCUUUACUUUGAAAAACAUUACCCAGAAUUCAAAAUAGAUGAAAGAUUCAUGGGGGAACCGCAAAAGGAGAUCAAACUGGAUACGUCAAAGUUGACAAAGAUGGGUUUUGUGUACAAGUAUGAUCUGAAGAUGAUCUUAGAUGAGAACUUGGAAUGUGGCAGGCGUCUAGGAGACCUCUCUCGCCAGCAGUAAAAAUGUCAGACCUUCCAUCCUUGAGAUGGGGAGAAAAAUAUAAAGAUUAAUGGGCGGUUUGCUCAUAUAAGAUAAUGAAAGGCUGUAAUUUUUAAUAGUCGCAUUGAAUGCGAUGUUAUUGAAAUUGUUAUUUAUAUUUAUAUUAAUAUUCUUAUGGUGAAUGCAUUGAAUUAAUAAGAAAUGAUGUUAUAUUUUAUUA